CGUAAGAAAGGUCUGGCAAACAGCCUGUGGGCGAUGGCGGUGUUCGGAGAAACGUGUUCUCCUGGCAUGCGGCGGCUAGAGGCCUACCUGCUGCGCCGGCUGCAGAAGGUGGUGGUGAUGGCAGCUGAACCGGCAGUGGGAGCGCCAGUCCGCACCACGGGCACAGCUGCUGCCACUUCAAGCCCCGGUAGCAGCAGCAUUAGCCACAGCAGUCUCGGCAGCCCCCAGCUACUGCACGGCCCUCGCGGCGCGUGUGAUGAGUGAUGACGGCCACGCCCCAUGCAUGGCGGAUGUUGUAACGACGGGAAAAGGCCCUUCGAAGUUGUCAGGAACGGGAAGUACCCGCGUUACAUUCUCCCCCCCUUGGAUCACACGUCCUCGGGUGGAUCUGCGAAUGUGACUGCUCGCCAGAAACCUAAUUUUGACACCACGGCCGGCAUUACCCGUCACCGCGUCGAGAAGGCACCACGGUAUGCAAUCCCCUAGUGCCGGUUUUUUGAGCGAAGCCAAAUUCCGACGUUCUCAGGACUCGAACCAGCGACCUCCGGCUGUUAUACCAUCGGAACGCUGGGUGGUCUCGAUACCAAUUGUAACGACGGGAAAAGGCCCUUCGAAGUUGUCAGGAACGGGAAGUACCCGCGUUACAGAUGUGCUGAAGAGAGGCCAAGCGGGUGACUCUGAUUGGGGUCUCGAGGCGUGGAGGUUCUGAUGAACAAUCCGGAUGGAUGUUGUUGGCUGCAAACAGGCAAUAGACUGGCGUUAAGUUGCUUGCUCAGAUGAGGAUCAGGGCGUACACAUGUGUUGCGGCGUUUCUAUCUGCGGGUUGCAUGUGUGCAUACCGUGUGUGUGUGUGUGUGUGUGUGUGUGUGUGUGUGUGUGUGUGUGUGUGUGUGUGUGUGUGUGUGUGUGUGUGUGUGUGUGUGUGUGUGUGUGUGUGUGUGUGUGUGUGUGUGUGUGGCCGCCCAAAACCUGGCUGCGGCGGUUUGCGCGCGUUCAAGGAUCAUGUUCGGCACGGCGAGCUAGGGAUGUGUGGCGUGAGUACGGGCCACACCAUGGCAACUAGGCGGCGAGUACUGCAGCUAGUGGUGCAGGCCCUUUGUGCUUGCAUUUGGUGUUGUCGCUGGCUCGAUUGCUUGUUGGUGCCGCGAGGCAACAUGUUUUGUGCGUGGUACGGGACGGGCCCGAAAGUUGCAAUCACAAGUUGAACCGGUCAAGGAGAGACGUGACGCAUUUGCGAGCGUGUGAGACUGCAGGUAGGGGCGGCGGCGAGCAACGCCUGUGCACGUGUGAGAACCCACAUGCAUGGGGCCGCCUAAGCCCUGUUUGGGGGGAUAGUCCACUGGUCAGUUGCAGGGGAUGAGAUAAGGGGAUUCCAAAGUCCCACACAUGCAUGCGCGGGGAGCUUGGCCUUCUGCGGCUGUCGGAGGGGUGGCGUGCAGGUGUUUGGGGCUGCAAGCGGGAAUACGUUUUCAUGUUGUUUGCACGUUGUGUUUGCAAUACCGUACGCAGCUGUAGGGACUACGAGUGGGGAAGUCAGGCAGGGCCGCCCCUGGAGUGAAGAUUGCAUUGGUUACAAGAGGGACCUGCUGACGCAGUUCACGAGCCAGUGAAGGGCGAUACAAAGAACUGACCAGCCGGGACGCUGACGCAGUUCACGAGCGAGUGAAGGGCGAUACAAAGAACUGACCAGCCGGGACCAGCCGAUCAGGCAACCGCACGGAGUUGCCAGGCACAUGCGCCGAUGGAGGCUACCGUACACUGCACCAGUGCAAAGCCCUGACGAGCUUUGAAAGGAAGGAAUAUACGCUAGGCAAAGAAUAAGUGCGUGUGUGCUAGGGGCACUACCCGCAGCGCGUGGGAGUGUGACAGGCCGUGAUGGGAAGGUGACAGGGGGAGGGAGGAGAGGGCAGCUGCAGCGGGACAACGAGACCCGAGCGCUCGAGUAGUGCCGGCUGCUUAUGACCAGGGUUGCGUAGUUCGUAGUACGCGUACUAUGUACUACGUACUGUACGCUGCCCUCGUCGGCUAGUACGUUGGAAAAUACGUUGUGAGAAAUCCUAGUACGCC